AAGGUAAACAGAAGUACCUGGGGUAGACGCGACCGGGUAGACAUUCACUCGGGGAAAUGGAGUCUCCAUUGGAGACGGGGCAGGAAAAUGCCAAUCCUAUCACUACCGACGCGCUGGUGUCUCCUGGGAAAGGAGAAAAGUACCUGUGGACAAAGAGAGCAACAAGACACAAGCCAGAGUACCUGGACUACACGGGUGGAACUGCCAACGAAACACACCUCGCUUUCACGCGUCCACGGAAUCAUACCUUUCUUCUGGAACAUAAACGUCUUCUAGUUGUUGCAGUAGUUGUUGUCGUCAUUGUCAUCGUUGUCGGAGCAGUUGUAGGUGGUGUCCUCGUCAGCAACAAAACAGAGCCACAGGUUUCAUCGACCAGAACAACAGGAAAUCCAGGAACAUCAAGUAAAUCCAAUUUACUAACUGAUUUAACAUCGAAAUCACAACCAUCGUCAACAUCAUCCAUUUCAACAGAACCACCAACUUCAUCUAUAUCGCAUACAAGAACUUCUCCAUCAGCAUCAUCGUCAUCUUUAUCUACAACAGUAUCCACUACAUCCUCCGCCUCUGCAGUUUCGUCUUCACCACAAUCAACGACUUCUCCAUCGACAUCAACAACUUCACUAUUAACUUCGCCUGUUUCAACAACAACGUCUACAUCAGCAGCAUCUCCAUCAUCAACAUCUUCAACAUCAACUUCAAUAAGCCAGUCAUCCACCACAGCAACUUCUUCGACAACGACGAUAACUACGUCGACAGUGACGACUACAACUUCGUCCCUUCCAUAUUUGUCAAUGCUAGAUGUAACCUUCAAUGAGGGAGAGGACGACCUGUACCUCUUGUGUACGAUAUCUGAUGACUCAAAAAUUAUUAAAGUCCUGUUUUACAAAGAUGGUGUUCAACUUAAGGACGACUUCAUCAUUGGCAUCCAUGGAAGAGAAUGCUCAUUGACAAAGAAAUGGGCUACUUGCUCUGACUCGGGAGACUAUGAGUGUCGAGUCAGUGGCGAGUUUGGAACUAUCAAGACUACUUCCACGGUAAACAUACUCGUUGAACCCAGUAAGCCAAAGCUAAAAAUUAAAAAAAUAAAGCUGAUCGAUGACGCGUGGGAGGCGACAUUGUCCUGUGAGAGAAGACUUGGACAACCGGCGACCUCCCUCCACUGGCGAGUGCUGUUCAACACUGGAGACAUAAGGGAGAACAUUUUCGGUGCUCAGUCCAACACCACGACUCAAGAGGGAUGUUCAUCGUCUGUGAUAUCCCAGGUGACACAACGGUUUAUGCGUUCUUGGGAUGGUGCCGAAAUAUGUUGUUACUUGACAGAUGCUGGAGGGAUGACACUCAACCUGGAGGGCUGCGACGUAUUCACCUACACAACAGACGUGUCCCCAUGUGACUGUACGGCUGGCCGUGUAGCUGUCCCCAGACCCACCACCUACCCCGACAACUGUAGCCUGUACUACACGUGUAGUGGGGGAGUCAAACAGGACGCCACGUGUACCGGAAGUGACAUCUUCAGUGCCGACCCCAGCAAGCAGGCGUGCACCCCCAAUCCGGGUGACAGCUACUGUGCCAAGGUCAAAGCAAAUGAAGUGAAAGUAUGCACAACGACGAGCAAGUGACAGGGACGAUUUACACUUGUGUCAGGCUGUGAACUUGUGUGUGAUAUAUACCACGUACAAGAUCGCCAAAAUAAAGGGCUUUGUACAAGAACAAGAUGUGAGUUGAGGAGAGGAAUAUAUCGGUUUGAGACAAAUGAAUGUGUGAGCGAAUAUCCCAUUCUAGCUCCAGAAUGGACUAUCAGUAAAACACGGUAUGGUGCAAGGGUGAACAUUUUAAGCAAAGAAACGUCAUCAGCCCCGAACCGGGAUUUCAGGAGGUUCUUCACAAUUUACACAUCCAGACCAAUACUCAUUGGAGCGUUUUCUUUACUCUUUCAUUUGAAAAGAAGUGUUCCUAAUAUUGUGGCUAGAGGCGAAUUGGGAAGAUCCUCACUUGAAGUCAGUCAGAAUGUCAAAAUUAUGAAAUAUUGGAUAAGAUCAUUCCAGAGUGAUAACUAUAUUCUUGAGCAUAUCUAUUUGUAUCAGUAUAAUCUUGCUGAAAGAGUGAGUGAGUGAGUGAGUUUAGUUUUACGCCGCGCUCAGCAAUAUUCCAGCUAUAUGGCGGCGGUCUGUAAAUAAUCGUUUCUGGACCAGACAAUCCAAUGCUGAAAGAGGAGUAGAUUGUUGGGCAUUAAAAGUGAAAAGGUUAUUAUUAUUUAGGUAUGUUUUUGGAAAUGUAUGGGAAAGGUUUAUAUUAAAUUUUAGGAACUUGGUAAAUAUUAUAGUUUGUCAUUCUAUAGAAGUAUUAGAAUUGUAGAUUAUGUUGUUGAAAAAUAUUUGACAGAGUUAGAUAUUCAAGUUUAUAGGAUUUCAUUAUCACUAUUUCGUUGUUCGGUUUCAUAAUCUUUUGAUGUCAGAUGGUAGAAAGCUUAACAUUCCAAGAAAGGAGAGGUUGUGACCCUUUUGUAUUAUCCCAGAAGUGGAAACUGAAUUUCAUUUUUGGUUUAUAUGUCCAUUUUAUAACGAACUUAGGCAGAACAUUUUACCUAAAUACUUUUGGAGUUACCCAUCAGAUAGAAAGUGUGUUCAAUUCUUCAACUAAACCAUUAAUUAUAUAAAACAUUAUUUUCUUAGCCCUAACGAAGAGACAGAAUUUCUUAAAUUUUGAUAAUAAAUUGAUAAAGAUGAACUGUUGGACAUACUGUCAUUAGAGGUAUCAUCAUAUGUGUUUCAUGUAUACUGGCGCUCGCAUGUACAUGCGAAAAUUGUACAAACUGAAAAUGUAAACUGGGUCGGUGGUCCAUUAGAAGGAUAAACUCAAUCACUGACAACAAUAGCACGACCAGUGUUGUUCCACACUGACAUGUGCUAUCUUGCACACAUCAUGUCGGGCUCAACAUGUCUCAGCUAUUCCAUUGUAUUUGAUAACAAUGAACUGUAUUUACACACACUUCGACAAUUGUGACAUUAUUUAUGCGAAGCCACUUCAGCGUUGACAAAAGUCAACAGUGUUGACUAUAUUGUUAUUCAAGGUGUUGAAUUCCAUUUGUUGUUAUUAUCUUAUGUUACCAUAAACUUAAGAAAUAUU